CUCGCUGCUCGUUUAUCUUUCAAUCUCUCAUUCAGCUUCAUAAGUAUUCUCCCAGUUCAUCAAGUUAAACCACAAUUGUAAAGAUGUCCGAAUCACUUGCCGCUUUCCGAUCUGGGAGGAGUGACGAGCUCCGGAAGCUCGCGGAAGAGCACUUCCAGCACGAUUUGAACGAUAAUGACCGCGAAAUCCUGAGAACUGCGGGGAGCAAAGUCUCAACCCAUACCAAGGUAGGCUCGCUGCUGGGCCUUGGUUUCGGCGUCUUGUGCGCUUUCAGACUACGAAAGAUGCGAUUGGCCUACUUUAACGCCUUCAGAGCGAUGGAGAAGCCCGUCGAGGUCAAAUUUGCAGAUGGCAGGACCCAACCCAUCCCAGAUCUCACCGCCCAGCUUGCGCCUUCAAAAUGGGGUGAUGCCGCCACGUAUUUCUUCUUCUCUAUUGGAGGUCUGUUCUUAGGUGGUGAAACAGGUCUUCUUUCAGGUACCGCGUCAGCGUCACGCACUAUUACGAAGAAUCCUGAAGCAAAAGAGCGGAUAGAGAAGGCGUGGAAGAACUAUCGCAUUGAUGCAAUGAAGCAGGAGAUCAAGAAGUUGGAGGGCAAGUCAAAGCUUGAACAGCUCUUCAGCUCAUGAGAAAAGAUGUAUGAUUUAGGUAAUAUUUGUGUCGAGCAUACUAGCAUGUUGGGAUUUCAGAUAUUGUUGAAAGUGUCGGAUAUACGACCAAAUGAGUACAAUCCAGAUUUACAGGCUUAAGUGAG